AUGGCCACUGGUGGUCGUUUGCCCGCGCUGGAGCGCAUCUCCAAGGAGUUCAUAGACAUCGACCGAGCUCCACCAGCCAACUGCAAGGCGGCUCCGGUGAACCCCAGUGACAUGUUCAAGUGGGAGGCCACCAUCCAGGGUCCGAGGGGAAGUGCGUUCGAAGGUGGCACCUUCAAGCUUGACAUCACGUUCCCGGCCGACUAUCCAUUUCGGCCGCCUCAGGUCAAGUUCAAAAGCAAGAUCAACCACCCCAACAUCGAUUGGGACGGUAACAUUUGCCUCAACAUGCUCACAUUGAUUUGGACUCUCGCUCAGUCCAUUUCCAAGCUUCUCACUGCCAUUUGCUGGCUGAUGAGCAACCCGAGCGUCACCGACCCCCGCGCGACCAACGGGGCCUCCGGCUACCGGAAGACUCGGGGCCACUACAAGAACACGGCGCGUGAGUGGACCAAGAAGCACGGCUUCAGGAAAUGA